AUUUUUUUUUUUCAAAAGUUGACCCAUAAUUUAAAUUCUAAAAUUAAUUUCAGUUAGAAUGAAAAAAAAAUAGGUCGACAACGCAAGCGUCAAAACGCUCGGGAAAUCCGUCGCGCAGAACUGACAAGUGUUGGGUAAUAUCACCCCGUCACCAACAAUCACACAUAACCAAGACAACAUUUUCCGAGAAAACGAAGUCCCAAUUCCUAAAUUCAAUCCUCUUCUGUUCCUUCUCAACGAGUUAAAACACUUCUGUCGCUCUAACAUCAAGCGUGCCACUUGAUUGCAGAGAUAAUCAUUUGCACUCUGAAUUUCAGCUCCUUGAAUCGGUCAUUUCCAGAUUUAUUUUGGGUUUCCCAAGAAUCCAUCAUUGCCAUAAUUGUCACAGGAUAAUUUGGAUCAUUGCCAUUCAGGCAAGGAACCCAUUUUGGAGGAAAAAAUCCGGUGCAUUGUGAUCAGGGAAGGGAGCUUGUUCUUGGAGCAACUCGUCUCCGACGAUCAUUUUGUGAGGAUCCUUCUCUGGUAGGUUUUCAUGAGAGUGAAUUAAUGGAGCAAUUUCGGCACAUCGGGGAAACAUUAGGAAGCUUGAAGGCUUUAAUGGUGUUCAAGGACAGCAUCCAGAUGAACCAGAGACAAUGCAUAUUGUUGCUUGAUAUCUUUAGUUUUGCAUACGAUUCAAUAGCAGAGGAGAUGAGACAGAAUCUGAAAUUUGAGGAAAGGAACAUCAAAUGGAAAGUUCUGGAACAGCCAUUCAGAGAGCUUCACAGGGUGUUUAGAGAAGGAGAAGCUUACAUUAGGCAAUGCUUGGAAUCCAAAGACUGGUGGGCUAAAGUCAUUACCCUCUAUCAGAACACCGAUUGUGUUGAGUUCCAUAUCCAUAACUUGCUUUGCUCCAUCUUCGUUGUUGUUGAAGCCGUUGAAAAUGUUGCAGAGCUGUCUGGGUGGGAUCAAGAUGAGAUGCAGAAGAAGAGGCGCGUGUACUCAUACAAGUAUCACAAGGACUGGAAUGAUCCUCAAGUAUUCCAGUGGAAAUUUUCAAAGCAGUACCUUGUGACACAAGAUUUCUGCAAUAGGUUUGGCACUGUUUGGAAAGAAGAUAGGUGGAUCCUUCUAAACAAAAUCAAGGAGAAGAAAAGCUCAGGUUCCAUGAAGCACAAGAGACAACUCAUUGAUCUCCUUUUCAGUAAUUUAAAUGCUUCAGAUGAGGCGCGGAAUGGGAACUUGUUGCCAAGUUCAAUCCUUGUGGGGUCUAAGGACUACCAGGUGAAGCGGCGACUUGGCAGUGGGAGUCAGUACAGGGAGAUCAAUUGGUUAGGUGAAAGCUUUGUGAUGAGAUACUUUCAGUUUCAGGGUGACAUAGAGGCCAUGAUGCCAGAGAUUUCCAGGUUGCUAUAUCUAUCCCACCCAAACAUAUUGCACUUGCUCUGUGGAUUUACAGAUGAUGAAAAGAAAGAGUGUUAUUUGCUCAUGGAACUAAUGAGCAGAAGCCUCUGCAACCACAUAAAAGAGGUUUGCGGCCCAAGGAAGCGAACCAUUCCUUUUUCUCUUCCUGUGGCUGUUGAUCUAAUGCUUCAAAUAGCAAGAGGAAUGGAAUAUCUCCACUCAAAUAAAAUCUAUCAUGGCGAUUUAAAUCCUUCCAAUAUUCAUGUUAAAUCAAGAGGUUUGGCCACAGAUGGAUACCUGCAAGUGAAGGUUUCAGGUUUUGGCCUCCCUCAUGUAAAGAACUUGACACAAAAGAGCAUGUCCAAUCAGGAUGAAAUACUCCCAUUCAUCUGGCAUGCUCCAGAAGUGCUAGAAGAGCAAGAGCAAACUGGAAGCACAAGGAACUCAAAGUACACUGAGAAAGCUGAUGUCUACAGCUUUGGAAUGGUUUGCUUUGAGCUUCUCACUGGGAAAGUCCCAUUUGAAGACAGCCAUCUUCAAGGUGACAAAAUGAGCAGAAACAUUAGGGCUGGGGAGAGGCCAUUAUUUCCAUUCAAUUCCCCAAGAUUUGUGACAAACUUGACAAAGAGAUGUUGGUAUGCUGACCCAAAUCAGAGACCAAGCUUCCCAUCCAUCUGCAGGAUUCUUCGCUAUAUAAAACGGCUCCUUGCAAUGAACCCAGAUUAUAACCAGUCAGAACUACCAAUGCCACUUGUAGAUUACUCUGAGAUUGAGUCAAAGCUUCUAAAGAAAUUCCCGUCAUGGGAGACUUCUGAUCAGUCAUCAAUAUCACAAAUCCCUUUUCAGAUGUUUGUUUAUAGAGUAAUGGAAAAGGAGAAAACAAGUCCCUUCUUCAAAGAUACUUCAGAAUCAGGAAGUGAUAGAGCUUCAGUCAGUGGUGAUGAAAAUGUAAAUGCAGAUGACCCCUUCCUAACAGCAGUAGCUGAAAGAAGGUGCUUUUUACCUUCACCUGAUAGGAUACCCAAGAUACAUUCAAUAUUGAAGAAACCUCUAGAUAUAAAACCAAGACAACCAGGUACACCAAAAGGACGAUCAGUUAGACCUCCCCAAAUGACACCUCGUGGACGCAACUUAAGAAUGAGUCCAGAAAGCCAGCUAAUGGUAGCUAGUCCAAGAAUGAGAAGAUCGUCCUCUGGUCAUGUCUCAGAUUCAGAGCUCAACUGACUGAACAGUUGAUAACACAUAAAUGAAGUUCAUUUCAAACAGCAGGACUCAAACGAAAAGGAAUGACAAGAAAGGGAUUGACGGUAUCCAUAUGAAAUUGUGAGAAUUCAGACAUUGUUGAGAUUUCUUACGGUAGUUUCUUAGAGAAGGAACACUAUAUAACUUGCACUAACUCCUUAGACUAUGUGCACUAAGUCACAUGUGCUAAACAUUCGAAGUCUAGUCAGUGUUUCUGAUAAAACCAAAUCAACCACAAGCAGGAUUCUAAACAGAAAGGAUGAAUUCCCUUUGCCAGUUCAGAAUGUAGGUUAAAUCUGUUUUAGUAAACCUCCUUAGUCCUU